CCAACACCCGGCUCAACCACAAUGUUCCGCACGGCAGCCCUCGUCUCCUUCGUAUUCCUCGCCACCGCGUCUGCCCAGCAGGUCGGUACCUCAGCGGCGGAGACCCACCCGGCCCUUUCCUACCAGACCUGCACCUCGUCCGGCUGCACCAACGUCGCCGGUAGCGUCACCCUCGACUCCAACUGGCGCUGGGUCCACAACGUCGGCGGCUACACCAACUGCUACACCGGAAACCAGUGGGAUGCCACCCUCUGCCCGGACCCGGCCACCUGCGCGAAGAACUGUGCUCUCGACGGCGCCGACUACUCCGGCACCUACGGUAUCACCUCCUCCGGCUCUGCCCUCACCCUCGCCUUCAAGACCGGCAGCAACGUCGGUUCCCGCGUCUACCUCAUGAAGGACGACAGCACCUACGAGACCUUCAACCUCCUCAACAAGGAGUUCACCAUGGACGUCGACGUCUCCAAGCUCCCCUGCGGUCUCAACGGCGCCGUGUACUUUUCGGCCAUGAGCGCGAACGGCGAUGCGUCCUCGACCAACGCCGCCGGCGCCAAGUACGGCACCGGCUACUGCGACUCUCAGUGCCCUCACGACCUCAAGUUUAUCCAGGGCCAGGCCAACAUCAUCGGAUGGAACGGUACCUCCGCCAACUCGGGCACGGGGUCCAUCGGCGCCUGCUGCUCCGAGAUGGACAUCUGGGAGGCCAACUCCAUCUCCGAGGCGGUCACGCCCCAUCCCUGCACGGGCACGGGCAUCACCGCCUGCACGGGUUCGACCUGCACCUCGACGUGCGACCAGGCCGGAUGCGACUUCAACUCGUACCGGAUGGGCAACACCACGUUCUACGGCCCGGGCAUGACGGUCGACACGACCAAGCCGAUCACGGUGGUGACCCAGUUCCUGACGUCGGACAACACCACGACGGGGUCGCUUUCGGAGAUCCGGCGGUUCUACGUGCAGAACGGGGUGGUGAUUCCCAACUCUCAGUCGACGAUCGCGGGCGUGAGCGGCAACUCGAUCACGGACAGCUGGUGCGCUGCACAGAAGACGGCGUUCGGGGACACGAACACGUUCCAGUCGCUCGGCGGGUUGAAGCAGCUGGGCGCGGCGUUCGCGAAGGGUAUGGUUUUGGUUCUGUCGAUUUGGGACGACUACGCGGUGAACAUGCUCUGGCUGGACUCGGACUACCCGACGAACAAGGACGCGUCUGCGCCCGGUGUCAAGCGCGGCACUUGCGCGACGACGUCCGGUGUCCCCGCGGACGUUGAAGCGAACGGCGGGUCGAUCUCGGUGACUUACUCGAACAUCAAGGUCGGCGACAUCGGGACGACGUUCAAGGCUGGCCAGUCCUCCGGCAGCGGAUCGUCUGGCUCUAGCGGAUCCAGCACCUCGACCGCUUCCGGCUCUGGUUCUACCGGCUCGUCCGGCUCGGUGGCCAAGUACGGACAAUGCGGCGGCACCGGUUACGCCGGCGCGACGACCUGCGCGUCUGGCUCGACCUGCACCGUCCUCAACCCCUACUACUCGCAAUGUCUCUAAAUAGGGGCAACCCUGGGACGCCCCGAUAGACAACUGUGGGGGCAGUGCUCACAAAAUGCCUCCAUAAUCACGACUCGAAUUUAUGUAUUAGUAAUGGAAUGGAUGACACCAAAAUGGAUAGCGCUUGCUGGGAUUACUCACCACGCUUGGUUGAUCUGUUCGUCUGCAA